ACAAAAACAGUGCUAAUAUGGGAACCAACAUGAGCUAACUAUUAGGUUUGCUAGUUCGCUAGAUAACAAAUGUGUCUCAGACAUUUAGAAGUAGCAAGUUUUGUAUAUUAUAAAUAACGUUUUUGAAUAACAGGAUAUAAAGCAUGGAGGAUAAAGGUCAGUUACCAGAAGAAGAGGAUAACAGUUUUGAAUUAAUGGAGAAAGAAUUCCAAGAGAUCCUCAAUGAAUUGGUUGGAGAAAAGAGCCUGGGUAAAUUCCGGGUUGAAUAUGAGAAACUGAACAACGCCUUGAAGAAGUCCCAUGAGAGCGAGAAGAGGCUCAUGACCAAAUGCAGGGAGCUGAAUGCAGAGAUAGUUUCCAACUCAGUCAAAGUGGCUACUGCAAUGAAGUUGUCCCAGGAAGAUAAAACAACUAUAACUUCAAUGAAGAAGGAAAUUGAAAAAGCUUGGAAAAUGGUUGAUACAGCCCACGAUGAAGAGCUCAGAGCAAGAGAGACAAUUCAAACUUUGAAAAAUGAUAUUUCAAAUCUUACAAAACUUGUUGAACAAAGAGCUGGCUUGUCCAUGGGUCAAGAACACAAAGUAAGUGAUCUGAUGAAAAUCAAAGAGGAGCUAAACAAGGAAAGAGAUGAACUGCUUACAGAAGUUGUGACACUGCGAAAUAUUCUAACAAAGGCCACCGCAAGUCAACAAGAAAUGGAAGUUGAGAAACAAAAGGCAAUAGAAACCGUAUCUCAGCUCCAGCAAGACAUCCAGGUUUGUCAGAAUGAGUGCUCACGCGAGACACGGAGGAAGGAGAAGCUGGAGAAGGAAGUGAAGCAGCUGCAGAUGGAUCUGGAGGCAAAGCAGUCAGAUAUCAAUGUGCUGAAUAUGCAGAGCCAGCGCGGUAAAGAGGACCAGCAGAGGUUAGAGCAACAGCUACGGGAGCAAAAGAUCCUCAAUGAGCGCGCCACAAAGGAGCUGGAGCAACUGCAAGUGAGAAAUACCAAAUUGCAGCUUGAAAAUGAACAGAAUACCUUGAGUAUGGAGCAGCUCUCCCUUGACAAUCAACAAAAGGCUUCUGACCUGAAGAUGAAGGAGGAGGAGGUAAAUCACAUGCGUCUGGAGAUUGCCAAAGUAACAAAGAUGAGAGAGGCCAUACAGCGGAAGUUCAGACAGACAGAAGAUCAGAAGUUGGAAGUGGAACAGCAGAGGGACAUGCUGAAAAACCAGAUUGCUGGCUUAGAGAAAGAAAUGGAGUCUUCCAAAAAGCAGAUGGAGAUUGACAAGAAAGCCAUUGAUGAACUUGUGCGAGAAAGAGACAUCCUGAACAAGAACAUGAUCAAGGCAGCCAAUGCCACAGAGAAGCAGCUGAAUGUGGUAAAACUCCAUGAGCAGUCCAAGAAGAACCUGGACCAGGAGAUCAUGAACUACCGUGAAGAGGCCCAGAAGCAACGCAAGAUCAUUUACCAUCUAGAGAAGGAGCGUGAUCGCUACAUCAAUGAGGCCACAGAACUCACACACAAGGUGCUCCAAAACAUGGAGGACAUUAAAAUGCGAGAGAUGCAAAUAUUUGAGUACAAGAAGAAAAUUGCAGAGGCAGAGAGCAAGCUCAAACAGCAGCAAAAUCUUUACGAGGCUAUACGAUCUGAUCGGAACCUCUAUAGCAAAAACCUAAUCGAAGCCCAGGAUGAGAUCACAGCGAUGAAGAGGAAACUGAAGACAAUGAACCACCAGACUGACCAGCUAAAGGAAGAAAUCAGUAGCAAAGAAUCUGCCCAGGUCAAGGAGCAUCAGGAGUUCCAGUGUGUGGAGAAAGAGAAGGAGGCUCUGAAGGCUGACCUGCAAAAGAUGAAACAGCAGGCUCAGGAAACAAAGCAAUUCAUAGAAAGUCAGGAAACUAAGGAGAGAAAGUUGCUCAAGAUCAUAGCUGACGCGGAUGCUGAGCGACCUCGACAGAAGAAAGAACUAGAUCAGGUGAUAAGUGAACGAGAUAUCCUGGGCACUCAGCUGGUGCGACGAAACGACGAGCUGGCCCUCCUCUACGAGAAGAUCAAAAUCCAGCAGUCUAUCCUGAACAAGGGAGAGAUCCAGUACAAUCAGAGAGUGGAGGACAUCCGCCUCCUCAAGAUGGAGAUUAAGAAACUCAGACGGGAGAAGGGCAUCUUGGCCAAAACAGUGCCCAACGUGGAUGACAUAAGACAUGAAGUUUACCAUAUGCAGCGGGAGCUUCUCAAAGAGAGGAUGAGGUGCAGAGCCUUGGAGGAGGAGCUUGAGAAGCCUAUGAAUGUACAUCGAUGGAGAAGGCUAGAGGCCAGCGACCCCAGCACCUACAAGUUGAUACAGAAGAUUCACUCUUUACAGAGGGAUCUGAUAACCAAGAGCAAGGAAGUGGUAGAGAAAGAGCUUUUAUUACAGGAGAAGGAGAAGCUGUAUGUGGAGCUGAAGCACAUUUUGGCCCGGCAGCCUGGACCAGAGGCAGCCGAGCAGCUUCAAAAUUACCAACAGACACUCAGGCAGAAGACAAAACAGCUCAAGGCUUUGUCAGCAGAGCUGAAAAUGUAUGAGUCCCAAACACAGGAUUACAAGUAUGAGAUUGAGAGACAGGCCCACGCGCUGCAGAACAUCAAGAAGAAGUACCUUAAUCAGAAACGCAAAGAACAGCAGAGCAGGGAGGAGAGGAGCCUAGCCCAGUUGGAACAGUCAUUGAUCCUACCCAAGCGCAGUGAUGGCCCACGCUUCACCGGUGGAGGCUUCAGCCUUCAGAAGGCUCGCAAAAUGACAACAUAGAGAGCGAUGAGAAGCUUCUGUCUUACAUCCUGUCACACUAUCACUAUUAUCUGAUCAUCUCAUCAUAACACCAUUGUCUAUACUGUUUUUACAGGCUUUUCUAAACACAAAAUAAAUAUAUACAUAAUUGA